AUGGAUUUUAAAACCAUGUUCCAAAACAAAAUGAUUAUACUCUACAUAUUAUUUAAUAUUGUCAUUAGCUUGUCUGGAUCACCUGUUCCGGAUACAAAAACAAAACCGCCAGGUGCUGUAGAAAAACCUCUGAUGGCUUGUGACAAAAAGUUUUGUGAUUUGUUUCCUGAUAUUUGUAUGAAUGGCGGCACUUGUAUAUCAGGUAAAGGUUGUGAAGGUUACUGUCAAUGUACAAAGUAUUACAAAGGAAGACAUUGUCAAAUUAAGAUAGACGCAAUUGAAGAAUAUAACGGACACGGCAAUGGUAAUGACAACGGGAAUGAUGACGGCAAUGGCAAUGGCGAUUCAAAUUCGCCAGCACAGAAAAAGCCGGCAGUAGGUGUCAUUAUGAAAUUGUUUAAAGGAUUGAGGACUAAUGGUAACGGGGGCUCGUCAACUUCUAAUACAGCUAAUGAAGGGAAGAAAAAUAAGCGUGUUCUUUUGCCUAGCAAAGUUCCACCUGUUAAACCAGCGAAAAUUGAAGAGAAGAAAAUGAAAAACAUCCUUGUCGAGUCUAGAAGUGAACCUGUGAGCACUGCUGCCCCCGGAGUAACAUCCAAUAACACAGGAAACGGCAGCGUUAGUGUUACAAUCAAUGGCAAUCAGAGUAAAAACACGUCUCUUUCUGGAAAAGCCAACGCUGAUAAUACGUCUGAUAUUCCUAGUGUGGAUAACACAUCUACCAACAAAAGGAUCAGCAAGACGAGCGGGAAGCUUAAGCUGGACUCUGAAAGUGCAUCUUCAAAAACAGUUGAUUCAAAAGUCACCACUAGGAAUCCUAUUAUUCAAACUGUAGAAACGUUAGGACAACAUUCCAAUGCAGAUGUUGUAGGAACCGACACGGGUACCAAAUCAAAAUCAGUUACACACAUAGUUAAACCCACCAUUGUUAUCGACACUGCACAGCGGAAAACUACUAAACCACCACACCAGCCGAAACCGAGCAAGAAAAUGACUGAAAAUGGAGCCAUGAGAAUGAUAAGUAAACCCAAAACUAAAAUCACUUCCGGUACUACAUCUAUAAAUAAAACCACAGAGACUACAACUACAGUUAAAGCAUCCAAUAAAUCAGAAUCCGAAAAGGCAGGGACAAAAAUGAAAUCUGGCUUAGCGACAACUGUUAUAACUAAAAUAAUAAUUGGAAAUUCAAAAAACAAACAUGAUUCAAGUCCCCAGGCGGCCAUAGAAAUUCCGGUGCUAAGAAACAGUGAAGUCAGUUCUUCAAAUAUUGCUGAUUCGGUAGCAAGUUUCAUGCCGUUAUCAAACGGUGAAAUUUUUAUCAGAGAUGUGCCCAUUACUGCUCAAACAGGCGAUGUAAAUCACAAACCCAAAAUGGAUAUCGCAAGGUCAGCUCCACAAUUCUGGCGUGAUCGAAAUACGAAAUCCUCAUUACCAGUUACAUCUAAAACUGUAAAAAGCACUGUAGACGAUGCUAAUCGAUGGCUGGUGUCAGGAUUCGAACCAGAUUUUGACAAAUCCCCAAGGGAAAAUAUGGCCCUUGUACUAAGUAAAAACUUUUUACAGAAAGAAGAUAAUGAGACAAAAUCCACCCUUGGCGACAUAGUGUUGGUUCAGAGUGUAAAGAACAAUAUCACCACAGAUUCUGCAAUAUCUGUUCUUACCAAAACAAGUUCGUCAAUUUCUAAGGCAAAUGUAGAACCUCAUAUUGGUGCAUUUUCACCGCCAACGUUCACUUCCACCUCAGAAGCAGUAAAUCAAACAUCGCCAGCUGUUGAACAUUCAGUAGUAAGUAAAACACAAUCACUAGAGUCAUCCGGAAAUUCCAAUUCCAUAAAAACUGUUAAAAAAACAGAUGUUGAAAUGGUAGGAGAAACCGUCACACCAGGAUCUUCCAAACUAAAUUCAGACCUACCAGAGGAACAUUUCUAUCUGACAGCUGCUGUGUACAAGAAAUUCCUUCCCCUGGACACAGCGACAAAUGCCGAACAACAAAAAAGCAGUUUAAAGACCACUGUUUCUACAGCAGCGGGAUCCACUAUUGCCGAAACAGAUACAAAGCAUGAUUCUCUACUUGACACUAAAAGUGACCAGGAAGUGACGGAGUCAGCCAGUUCUACAUUUAAAAUCAGCAGCGGUGUACAAACAAUUCAUGUAACUGAAAUAACUCCACGAAUACCACCGACGGAUCAGAACAAGCAUUUAGAAAAAUCUGACAAGUCAUUUGACGUAAAAAAGAAUGAUACUCAUACUUUAGCACAAGAUACUGCAAUUACCACUUUAGAGAAAUUAAAAACAUUGCUUGUCUAUGUCCAAAAUAUACUGUCAUCAACCAAGAGUGAACUUGCUGCAAGGAAAGAGAACAACGGACAACCGGUCUCUUCGACGCAAACAGAAACACAAAUCCCUUCAGAAAACAAACCAGACAACACUGAUUCACUUAGAGAAGCAACUGCAAAUCUGAGUAAAAUACUCAAUCAGCCAAUGGUUGAACAAGAAAGCAUUAAUGUAAAAACUGAUAUUAACGAUCUACGACAAAAAACUACAAAGAACGUCACCACAGAAACUGCUCAAAGUCCAACAAAUGGAGCUGUGGGAACAACCCCUUUUGAUAUAUCUGAUAUCACUGAUUCGACCUCUGGUAAUUUUCCAACCAACAUUGACGCAGUCGUUAAAAUACCAAUUUUCACGAAACGCUCGAAUUCUACGAUUUCUUCAACAGUGCAACCAGUUGUUUCUACAGUUAGAAAUGGUUUGUCUGCUACUGCCGCAGGCCUGUCUGAAACAGAUAAGACAGGGCCAAGAAGACAUGUUUCAUCGAUAGCUAGGAUAUUACGCAAGAUUUAUGGUAUUAGAAAUUUCAUAGCACGGUCAACAGUGAAAAUCACGACUACUGCGAUUCCUAAAGUGUCUAUUCCUGAUACAGAACAACAUGAAAAAUCUCUUUUUAAAGGAACAAAAAAAGAAGGAAUUGUGUCAACGUCAGAACCGACCAGAGAAUCUUAUGGAUUUGGCAAUAUUCACAGCAAAGAUACUGCUCAUACUACGAAGCAGAACAGAAAACGGAAAAGUGAUCCGGAUUCACAAAUACUUGGAAACUUCAAAUUAAGCAAAAAUAAGGUAGGAGGAUUGUCUAUGUCAGAGACAUAUGUCAAGCGUAAUAAAACUGUUAAGAGUGGGAUGGACACAUUUUAUGGACACGAGGAUAUGAUAGGUAAUUUCAUCGUUGACUCAACUUCGACUAUGAAGCCAUAUACUAUGCCUCCCACAACAGAACAACAUGACAUUGUGCAACUUCAGACAGUAACUAAUACUGAUGAAAGGGAUUUAAGUAAACCACAAAGUGACUUUAUAGUUCAGCAAAGAACAAAAAGUGACUCCGUGAACUUAUCACCUUUAGAAACAAUACUGACUCUAAAGACAGAUUCUCCAAGGAUGAGAAAAACGGAUAUCAGUUAA